UUGAUAAUAAUAAUUACGUUGACAUGCGCAUUUCCCACUCGAGGGGGCUAAUAUUCCAAGCUCAAGAAUUUGUUGAAGAAGGGGAGGAAAAUUGUUUGUAACUCUUUGCUCCUGAUGGUUGCACCAUGUCGAGGCGCAAGCAAGCCAAACCGCAGCACAUCAACUCUGACGAGCCCGGCUCACUGCAGAACGGGAAUCUUCAAGAUGAUCAAGCUGAGGAGAUUGGAAAUGAAGUGAAAAGGUUCAGAAUGGAUGAGACCAAGGUCUGCAACAAGUGUUGUGCUGAAUUCUUUGAUGAAGCAGAAUUUGUUGAGCAUGAGAAAAAUUGCACUAAAAGUCAGCAAGUGGUCAUCAUGAAAGACGGCGAUGGCAAUGAAGUGCCUGAGGAAUAUUCACAAGGUUCCCCCGACGGCGACGGCCUUACCAGUGACCAUGAUGAGAGCCAGUCCAGUAGUCAUUCACUAUCAAAUGUUAAUGCAGACCAUCUGGAAAGAACAGAGGAAGAGUCGAGCAUGAAUGCAGAUGACUCGGGUCAACUGGAUUAUGCAGAGAUGUCUGCCAGCCCCGAGAUGAAUUUCCACCCAUCGCCCAAAGUGCAAGAUUCAAAUGUCACUCUUGAGACCAUGGCAGACACUAAAGUUGCUGUCUCCCAACAUCCUUCGAGUAAUACGUCUCUGACCUCACAGGAUGCCAUUCAAGCCAUCCCAAUGAUUUUGGAACAGUUGGUGUGUCUCCAGCAACAGCAGUUACAACAAAUCCAGCUCACGGAACAGAUUCGAAUUCAAGUGGCUAUGAUGACCCCACAUGGUCUCCACUCAUCUGUUGGGGCAGUAGUGGACCCCCUAAAAGCCCUUGGUGCACAUCUUUCUCAACAGCUUUCUGCUGCAGCAGCUCUAAUAGGAAAAAGAACCGGCAGUCAGAACCUUGCUAUGGAGACACUAAAGCAAGGUAAACUACCUCUGCCCACUGUCAUCCCCACCUCUCUACCUGGAGGACUGGGUUCAAUGACUUCUAAAUCAGACAUUUUGAAGGGCAUUCCCGAUCUGGCCAGCCGUUUACCAGCAUUGUUGCCUCCGUCCGAGAGUGGCAUGGGAUUCCCUAGCACCUUCAAUGGUAUCCAAGCAGGGAUGGAGUCCUCCAAAAAAGUGAAGACAAAGAUACUGAACAUCCAACCAGAAUCCAAGAAUGGUGAUUCAGUAUACAAGCACAAAUGUAAGUACUGUGGUAAGACCUUUGGUAACGACAGUGCUCUUCAGAUUCACCUGCGCUCUCACACGGGAGAGAGGCCCUUUAAGUGUAAUAUUUGUGGAAACCGCUUCACAACAAAAGGCAACCUCAAAGUGCAUUUCCAGCGGCAUAAAGACAAGUAUCCAACCAUUGGCAUGAACCCCCACCCUGUGCCAGAGCACCUUGACAAUAUUCCCACUAGCAGCGGCAUUCCAUUUGGCAUGUCUGUACCACUGGAUGAGUCAAACAUGACUGACACCAAGCCCAUAAUAGGCCAUCCUGCUCCAGGGUUCCACCCAUCGGUCGUACCAGGUUUCAAGACUACCUUUGACAGCUUUGCAGGGGAUCCAUUCUCACAGAGGCCCUCCCCAUCAACAAGUGAUGGCUCUCAGUCUGUUUCUUCCCAUGUCUUUGGCCAAGAGAAGGCACUGGAUCCAAAUCAGAAGGAUGCCAAAGAACUGCUUGGAGUGCUGCAUCAUAUGAAUGGUAAUGGUCUCCCAGGAGAACAAAGCUCUGGAACAGCCAAACUUCAGCAGAUGGUGGAUGGGCUGGAAAAGAGGACCAGUGACCCCAAUGAGUGUGUAAUAUGCCAUAGGGUACUCAGUUGCCAGAGCUCACUCAAGAUGCAUUACCGUACACACACUGGCGAGAGGCCCUACAAGUGCAAAAUCUGUGGCCGUGCUUUCUCCACCAAGGGUAACCUCAAAGCUCAUUAUGGAGUGCACAGGGCUAACACUCCUCUAAAGAUGCAGCACUCAUGUCCCAUCUGCCAGAAGAAAUUCACCAAUGCUGUGGUUCUCCAACAACACAUUCGCAUGCACAUGGGCGGCCAGAUCCCCAACACCCCCAUGCCAGAAAACCACUUUGAGGCAGCAGAAACAAUUGAACCAUCUCUUCCUGGGGAGAAGCCCAUGGAUAUCAAUGGCUUUGACGAAAGCAUGGAGAACCAUGAGACGGAGCUGAACUCUCAGCAGCCAAACGAUAGCUUAGAUUCCCUCCCAUCUGCAUCUGAGGAACAACCACAGAAUCACUCUGCCCCCAUUACAUUUUCCAGUCUAGAAGUCUUGAAGAACCUCACCUCUGCCCUUGCACUGAAACGUCAGACUAGCACGGCAUCGGAGAGUGAGGGAACACCCAAAGAAUCCCCAUCAGCUACAAGAGAGCAGGAAUAUCAGAAUGGUCGCAGUCCUGCUAUUUCUGACUCGGCCACAUCUUUUCAUUCAUCCUCCCCUGUAAACAUCAUGAGCAGCAGCAAGUCCCCCGAGUCACCUGCUGAUGAAUUUACUUACAGUGGGCAGAUACCAGAGUCUGAUGAAGGAAUUCAGGAGGGCACAGAGUCAAGUGGAGCCCUUGACCUCACAGCAGCCAGUAACAUUACCCCCAAAGCCAUCAAGGAAGAACCAGGCUUGCAGGCAUUCACAAAUGGAGACUAUGUUCCCAGUAACAUGUCCUUCAUGAGGAUACCAUCAAGUCUGGCCAGUUUGGAGAUGAAGAUUCCUUCAGAUAAUCCUUUGGGCCCCAAUGGUUUGUUCAGUUCCCACAUGCCUCAGGGAACAGCCAUGCCCUCUUCAAUCUCCGCUGCACCACGUCGAUCGACCAAACAGCAUAUGUGUAAUGCUUGUGGCAAGAACUUCUCAUCAGCCAGUGCCUUACAGAUCCAUGAGCGCACUCAUACAGGGGAGAAGCCUUUUGCCUGCAACAUCUGUGGCAGGGCUUUCACCACCAAGGGGAAUCUAAAAGUGCACAUUGGAACUCACAUGUGGAACAACUCGUCACGCCGUGGUCAGCGUCUGUCUCUGGAUAAUCCCAUGGCACUGAUGGCAAUGAGUGCCGAGGCUAAGAGGUUGCCAGAAAUGAUGCAGGUACCCAAAGAACUGGGUCCUCAACCAAUGAGCUUUGAUCCAUCUAUGUGGAACCAGUAUGCUGCUGCAUUCACUGGUGGCCUUACCAUGAAGACCAAUGAAAUAUCAGUCAUUCAGGGUGGUGGCAUCCCACUCCCUGGGAGCCCUGCCGGUGGGCCUCUUAUUGGAUCCACUGGAGGUCUCAUGAAAAUGGAUGGGUCCCACUCUGGUUUGCCUGCCACAGUGGCCGAAAUUGAAAAGAACAGCUCUGAUAGUGUGCCAAAAUCACAGUUCCCACAUUUCAUGGAGGAGGGUAAAAUUGCAGUAAAUUAGGUUUUGUUUUGUUUUUUUAGCCAUCUGCCAAUUUAUUACCUGAACUCAGUUUUUGAAUGUCUCCUUUUUGAGUAAGGUACAAUCAAUUUUCAGAGAAACCUUGUAGAAUUCUCCUUGGAUUGGUUGAAUUUUCCCAGAAAGUUCAUUGCAGCUCUCUUCUGAUCUAAACGAGUCGAGUGUUAUUUUAGUUGAACUUGAUAUAACUACUGUAGUUGUAUUUUAUUUUACAUAAAUAUAUAUAUGCGGGUAUUCUGUUUUCCUGUGACUUUUGUUUGAUGUCGAUCCAGAAGUUUGAAUGUAUAACAUACUUGACAUACUUGAAACUGCUUCAAUUCAGACGUCUCCUUGAAACCGAAGGAUUGUGACUUUCAUAGGAUACGUUUCAGGGCGUGAAACAGUGUCCCAGUGUUCAGAAUUAAUGGUGUCCUUAACCAUAUGUGUCUAAUGACUACUUUCCCUCCUGUUGUGUCAUAGGUUUUAUAACAUUGUACAUUUUUGUAAUGGUAGAUGUCUUAUUUUGAAGGGGCUUUUGAUUGUCAAUGAAAGAGUCAAAACAGUUGUUGCAUCGACACAGUUAUGACUCAAACUCUUUUGCCAAGUGCCUAAUCUGAACUUUACUUGUUGUAUUUCACUGCACCAUUAGAUUGUGAGGACUCUGGAGUGAUAAAGUAAUGUAGUAUAGCAUAGCGUAGCGUAGCUUGGCAUGCAUGUCACAUUUCGGUUUUCUAAAAGUAAUUUUUUGACCGACAUAUUCCUCCUGUAAAUCUGCCGAGUCAAUUAAGAUGGCUGACCUCUAAAGGCUGUUACAUGCUCAAUGUUCUCAUGCCUGCACUUUAUUCGGGUUUAAGUUUGAUUUACUUUUUAAGUUUCAUGUCAGUCUCACUGCUUUGUUGUGAUGGCUAAAUGAGGAGAGGGCAAAUCAACAAUUUUGUCCCCUUUUCCUCCCUGUCAGUUUGUAUUUGACACCAUCAACUUGUAGCAUCAUUUAUUUAUUUAUAAAACCCCAAAUGCUUGAGUUUAGGGGGCGAGUUCUACCUCGCUUAGAUUUUUAUUAUCCUCUCUGCCCCCUUACUCUCAGUGCAUGUCCCUGUAUAUUUUUCGAUACAUUCGUGAUCAUAUGAUAACUUUUUUUAUUCUCAGCCUGCUGAGUUUAACGGUAAUGAAUGUAUCACUGGACACUUUACACAACUCGAAAGGUCAGAGUACUUUGUUGGGCCCCUGUUGUACAUUCCUUGUUGAUAUGCAUUUGCCAAAUUGUGCCUUUCUUCAGCAAAACCUGUCAAAACUGCUUUUCACAUUGUCUCUACAAUUCAUCUGAGGUUUAGCCAAUGCGGCCUGUUUACAAUGUAAAUGUUUUUUUGUUUUUCCAAAUGUUUCCCUCACCUAAAUGUUU